AUGUUUCCACUGACGGAGGAAAAUAAGCAUGUGGCCCAGUUGUUGCUCAGUACUGGUACCUGUCCAAGAUGUAUCUUCAGAUUCUGUGGUGUGGAUUUUCAUGCACCUUACAAACGUCCCUACAAGGAGUUGCUCAAUGAACUACAGAAAUUUUUGGAAACUGAAAAAGAGGAAUUAAUUUCGGAUGUUCCAAACCCACCUCCCAAGAAAAUUCGACUACAAGAACUAGAAGAUGGGAUUGAUGGGAUUGAUAAUCUGAGUCAAAAUGGAGAGGGGAGGGUCUCCAUUUUGGAAGAUGGUAGCAUUGCUUCUAAGAACUCAAAUUUAAAUGUAUGCAAUGUAUGUCUAGGAAUUCUUCAAGAAUUCUGUGAAAAAGAGUUCAUUAAAAAGGUGUGCCAAAAAGUUGAGGCCUCUGGUUUUGAAUUUACCAACUUGGUAUUUUCAGUCUCCUUCCCACCACAGCUAUCUGUAAGAGAGCAUGCUGCAUGGUUGCUGGUAAAACAGGAAAUGGGAAAGCAGAAUCUGUCGCUGGGAAGAAACGAUAUAGUACAGCUAAAAGAAGCCUACAAAUGGAUAACUCACCCCCUGUUUUCAGAGGAACUGGGUGUUCCCAUUGAUGGAAAGAGCUUGUUUGAAGUGAGUGUGAUCUUUGCUCACCCAGAAACAGUUGAGGAUUGCCACUUCCUACGUGCAAUAUGCCCAGAUUGCUUCAAGCCAGCCAAAAACAAGCAGUCAGUGUUCACUAGAAUGGCAGUUAUGAAAGCGUUGAAUAAGAUAAAAGAAGAGGAUUUCCGCAAGCAGUUUCCUUGUCCUCCAAACUCACCAAAGGCUGUAUGCACUGUUCUUGAAAUUGAGUGUGCUCAUGGUGCUGUUUUUGUGGCUGGGAGAUAUAAUAAAUAUUCCAGGAAUCUACCGCAAACUCCUUGGAUAAUUGAUGGAGAAAGGAAGCUGGAAUCUUCAGUGGAAGAAUUAAUUUCAGAUCAUCUUUUGGCAGUAUUCAAAGCAGAGAGUUUUAAUUUUUCCUCCUCUGGAAGAGAAGAUGUAGAUGUGAGAACAUUAGGAAAUGGAAGGCCCUUUGCAAUUGAGCUGGUGAAUCCUCAUAGAGUACAUUUCACUUCACAAGAAAUUAAGGAACUUCAGCAGAAAAUUAAUAAUUCGUCUAACAAAAUCCAAGUCCGUGACUUGCAGCUUGUCACAAGAGAGGCAAUAGGACAUAUGAAAGAAGGUGAAGAAGAAAAGACCAAAUCCUACAGUGCCUUAAUAUGGACAAAUAAAGCCAUACAGAAAAAAGACAUUGAAUUCCUAAAUGACAUAAAGGACUUAAAGAUUGACCAGAAAACACCCCUCCGAGUCCUGCAUCGGAGGCCCUUGGCUGUGAGAACUCGCAUCAUUCACUCCAUGGAGACGCGCUAUGUGGAUGAACAUCACUUCCACCUCUACCUGAAGACUCAAGCUGGCACCUACAUUAAAGAGUUUGUACAUGGAGACUUUGGGAGAACCAAGCCGAACAUUGGCUCUCUAAUGAAUAUGACUGCAGACAUUCUUGAGCUGGAUGUUGAGUCUGUAGAUGUUGACUGGCCCCCUGCUCUGAAUGACUAG